AAAAAAAAAAAAACAAUAAGAGCCUUUUUGAAUAAAAUUCCCGGUGUAUUUACCUAUUCUGAAUAUAAAUGUAAUCGAUUGAAAAUAAGUGUUCAUACCUUAUAUAACUUCAAUCGGAAUUGUUUUAUCGCUGAAGUGUGGUCGAUUGUCACUAUUGUGUUUUGUUGUCUUUUGGAUGUAAAUCAAACAAAUUUAAACAGUUUUUAGAGGGCAGCUCAAUAUACAAUAAGUUUUUUGGAACAUAAUUAGAAACACAAUUCGUGAUGUGGCGGCUACACGACUAGCACCGAAUUGACUGAUUUUAAUAUUUUGUCAGGCAUCCAAUAAAUACGUGCGUUACAAGAAAGUGAUGCAGUCUUUGAGUCCCUCAGAAGUCGACAUGUACAGAGAAGCCUUUAGUUUUUUCGACAAAACAAAGAAAGGGUACAUAGUGGCGGACGACUUUGAACGAGCAUUAACAAGAAUCAAUCAGAUCAGUCAAACUACCACAACCAGGGAAGAGGCAGAAAGUCUGGUCAAAGAAUAUGAUGUGAAUGGUGAUGGCAAAAUAACGUUUGAGGAGUUAGUUGUUUCUAUUGUAAAACGGUUAGAGACUAAGGACAGGGACUCUCAACUUCAGAAACUGUUUAAGAAUUUCGAUUCUGACAAUGACGGCGCACUAAACAAAGAGGAAUUUGUCGCUCUGCUGGGCUCUUUAGAUGACAAAAUAUCAGCCACAGACAUUGAAGAAAUUCUAGCAGAUUUUGACGAAAAUGAAUCGGGUUUAAUGCAAUACAACGAUUUUUCAAAAAUAAUGAAACAGCUUGUUUGAAAGGAGCUAACACGGAACUCCGCUGCACAUCCAAGAAAAGACUGACUUCAGGUUUUGAAGGCGCUCCUGAGUUAAAAGGCAUUUUCUUUGGAACUGGCCAUAAGACAAAAUAUUCUGAUAUAAUGGAGACAAGUAUAAAAAUGAACAACGAAUAAUGAAAUUAUGAAGAUUGAACUGCUAUACUUAGUUAAAUAUAACUGUCGUUUUAAUACA